AUGACUUCUACGGUGCCCAGUGAUAGAAAUGAGGAACGCCGACGCAGAGUCCUGCUUGGUCCAUUACCGGCUGGAUUCUUAAGAGCUGAUGGAGCAACUGAUACUUUAGAUGCAGAUUAUCAAGCUGCACUAGCCUUGCAACAACAACUAUGUGGAGCAACGAUGCCACCAGCUGGUCCACCCCUCACAGCAAGACUUAGCAUUACAAUUGCACAAGCAAAACUGGUUAAAAAUUAUGGUCUCACCCGUAUGGACCCAUACGUCCGUGUUAGAGUCGGCCAUUGCAUAUACGAAACGCAUACGGACCCCAGCGGCGGGAAGACGCCGAGAUGGAACAAAGUUAUACAUUGUCUGCUGCCCCCCGGCGUUAACUCCAUUUACUUGGAAAUCUUCGACGAAUGCUCGUUCACGAUGGAUGAACUCAUCGCUUGGACGCACAUCACUAUACCGCAGGCUGUCUUAAAUGGAGAGACUCACGAAGACUGGUAUCCCCUGAACGGUAAACAAGGUGAUGGUAUGGAGGGCAUGAUCAAUCUGGUACUCAGCUAUUCGGUGGGUCCAGCAGCGGUACCAACCUUCCCCCCAGUACUGAUGGUCCCCAGUACUGGCAUGGGUUACGCGGCUAUGCCGAUGUACCCCGCACCCCAGCAGGUGUCGCCACAGUACCAGCAGCAGCAGCAGCAGCAGCAACAGCAGCAGCCGCCCGUCACUGCGGAACAGCUCCAACAGAUCGAAGAAAUGUUCCCGAGCAUCGACAAAGAAGUGAUAAAAUCAGUGUUGGAAGCGAACAAUGGGAACAAAGAUGCUACUAUAAAUUCCCUAUUGCAAAUGUCUGAA